AUGUUGCAUCAUUGCCGAACGGUCUAUCGAGUUACUGGCACGAAAAUCACGUCAUGCUCACGUAUGCCCACACGAAGCAGAUAUCGACACUUUACAAACAAUAGCUCGCAAAAUCAAAAAACCAUUGACAUUGAUGCAACAACAGGAGCAUCAUCCAUACCCCAUAGCGGAGAGAAAGCUGAUGCCAAGAAGAAGCCAAAGAAAAUGUCCAUGAAGGAGCUAGUAAAUACAGAUGGGCUAGAAUGGAAAAAGAUGACUUCAGGACAAAGGGUGGUACAUUCGGCAAAGACAGUGUCGUAUACUGGCGUCAUCAUAUUUGGGGUUGUCUUGUUUAGCACAAUAAUGUUCUUCCUUGGAUCAGAGCUUUUUGGCUCGACGAGUGCUAGCUCAGUGUUCUCUGAUGCUUUGGACAAGAUACACGAUAGUGAAGCUGUCAAGGAUCUCGUUGGAGACUCGAUAAAAGGUCACGGAGAUCACAGUGGUAGUCGAGCAAGGCGGUCUCGAGGAAUCAACCACACAAUAACUGAUGCUACUGCAACCUCGCCACGCAAAAUGUAUGUACGCUUCUAUAUCGAAGGAACCAAGUCUCAAGGAACAGUACAUUGCAACAUGUACGAGGAUCCUGAAACCGGCAAAUGGGAAUAUAAGACUCUGCGAGUGGAUGUUCCAGGACAAGGCUUGCCAUCUACUAGACUUUACGUGGUGGAUAAUCGGGUGAAGACCAAACCCAAGGAAAAGAAGGGAUUGUUCAAGUCUCUGUGGAAGAGUAAGAGGCAACAACCACAACAGAUUGAAAGUGAAAUGGAUGAUUAG